GUACUGCACGACGGUGUAUCGUUAUCACGUACAGAGAACUAUGUGGCGAUUGCACUUCACGGUUAUUACUACAGAGGGCGCUGUAGCUGAACCCACAUAGAAAUCGAGCCGGUGGCGGCUAGCAGGCAGCUCAGAGCGGGACCCUUGAAAACAAAAACAAUUCUGUGGCUUCUCUUUUUGAGUCCGGGGUGUCACUGCAAUUCAGCAUGAAGUUCAUGUCCUCCUUGUUUAACGCUGGUUGCCAGUGUUUAGCGGUUUAGCCAGAGAGGUACCGAGGAGUCAGAAUCAGGAUUCAAAACGAUACAAAAUGCCUCCGAAGAAGCAGCAUCUCAAGCCGACUGCAGCUAACGUCUCCAGCUCUUUGGACCUAGAGUCUGAGGACAUCAGCUUGGAGACUACCGUGCCCACCACCGAGGAUGUCUCCUCGUCCGACGAGCAGCGGAACGGCUCCCAGAAGGUGACCCGCCAGCUGAUCGAGAGGAAGGAGCUGCUGCACAACAUCCAGCUGCUUAAAAUCGAGCUGUCUCAGAAGAAUCUCAUCAUAGACAACAUGAAGGCCGAUCAUAUGUCAAAGAUUGAGGAGUUGGAGGAGAGGCUGAAUGACGCCCUGCAUCAGAAACAAGUGUUGGUCCUAAGACUGGAUAACCAGCUGAAACUUACUCAGGAGGAGAACAGGAAGCAGCAGGCUCUGCGUAAGCAGGAGAUGGAGGCCAUCCUGCUCAGGCAGCAGCAGCUGGAGGAGACAAACCGACAACUGUGUGAGAAGGCUGGAGAACUGAGGAGAUCUCUCAGGGAUCUGGACCUCUCCCAGGACAGAUACCAGGAGCUUCGUGGUCUUCCUGAGGACAAAAUAUCUAUACAGGAAUAUGUAGCUAUGCGUUUCUAUGAGGUAGUGACUCCUCUGCGGGCCCAGCUGGUUGAGCUUAGUCUGAAGGACAGCAGUGUGACAGAAGAGCUGGGUAUGCACAGAACCAAGAUGAAGACACUGAUUGAGAGCUACGAGGAAGAGCGGCGGUUGCGUACAGAGCUGGAGAUGAGGAGCCAGAGAUUGACCUUAGAACUGGCUGACACCAAACAGCAGAUCCAAGAUGGCGACUACCGCAGAGAAAACUACCCAAACAUCAAACGAAAUUAAGAGAGGAGUUGGAGAACAUCAGGCUGAAAACAAGUCAGGAGAUAGACAACCUGCAGAGAACCUCCAGGGAGAUGUAUGAGAGGGAAAACAGGAACUUGCGCGAGGCCAGAGACGGCGCGGUGCUGGAGAGAGACCGAGCAGUGGCUGCUGAGAGAGACGCCCAGUCCAGAUAUGACCAACUGCUGGAGCAGUUCCGUCAGCUGCAGCUGGGUACAGACAGCCGGGUGGCAGAACUAUCCAACCAGGCCAAGCUGCACUCUUUUGAAGCUGAGCGCGCUAAUAUGGUCAAGGAUGAGACGGCUAAAGCCCUAGCUCAGUGUCAGCUAGAGUGUGAGAAACAGCAGAAGAAACUAGAGCUCCUCACUCAGGAGUUUUACAGGCUACAAACUUCCUCAGAGAGGCGGGUAGCAGAGCUGCAGACUCAGAACGCUGAGCAGGCGUCUCGCCUGGAAACGUAUGAAAAGCUCGAGCAAGAGCUGGACCAGGUCACCAUGCAAGCCGCCGAAAUUGAGAAUGAAGAAGAGGCAGAGAGGGUUUUAUUCUCAUAUGGCUAUGGGGCAAAUGUUCCUACAACGGCCAAAAGAAGACUAAAACAGAGCGUUCACUUGGCCCGCAGGGUGCUGCAGCUCGAGAGGCAGAAUACAUCACUGAGGAGAGAGUUGGAAAGUCACAAGUCGCAGACGGGGCAGAUAUCCGAAGAGUUGUUGGCCGCCAACCAGCUGUUAGAGCAGACGCAGCAACCUUAUAGUUACUUGAUUGAGACGGUGAGACAAAGGGAUGCGCAGAUCAGCAUACUGAAGGAGCGUGUCACCUCACUUGAGGGCAAUGUCAGUUCUCUGAGGAAAGAGCGGACCGCUCUGGAACAGGUGAAAAACAACAUGGCCGCUGAUCUGGAGCGACUUCUCAACCAUCAAGAGGAGUUAGCCAUGAUGAAGCAGGUCCUGAUCAGCAUGCGGUCCAGACAGGCAGACGCUCUAAACCUGUUGGAAACAGAUAAAACUGGUAUCAGGACUUCUGGAUUGGGGAAAAAACAGCAGUCCAAACGUAUCAACAGGACAGCAGAAGAAGAAUCACCAAACAAACCCAAACCCACUGUGUUUACAAAUAAAGAAGUUCCCGAUUGGUACCAAAAGCAGAAGCGUAAAUCCAAGUGACCGUUUGUGUCAUGACUGGAGCUCAGGACUUUUGUUUUUAACUUUUAGGUUUUGUCUAGACCUUUGUAAGUUACAGUUCAUUUCAUUGCUUGAUUGCUUUUCAAAUACAAAGGCACAAACAGUUUGAA